GAGUGAUAACACAUAUUAAUUAUAGUAUUAGCACUUGAUUAAUCUGCAUCCUAUAAUCCUCUCUUUCUCCGUCCAUUCAACUUCGUGUUACAAACUAACAAACAUAUAGUUCCCUAUUACUAUGGGUCUGUUCUUAUGUCACCGACAUUAUUCUUCUCAAGCGUUAUUGGGUUUCGUACUCUUCCUCAUUUCCCAAUGUUCAGGGGUUUCAGGGGCAACAUUUACCUUCACGAACAAGUGCGAUUUCACAGUAUGGCCAGGAAUUUUGGGAAAACCAGACCUCGGAAGCACAGGCUUUGAGCUCACAAAGGGAAGUUCCAGAAGCUUCCAGGCCCCAACCGGUUGGUCCGGUAGAUUCUGGGCAAGAACCGGUUGCCAAUUCGACGAUUCAGGCAACGGAACUUGCGCCACCGCCGACUGUGGCUCCGGACAGAUAAACUGCAACGGCGCCGGAGCCUCACCGCCGGCGACACUAGCCGAGUUCACACUCGGCACCGGUUCCAUGGACUUCUACGAUGUGAGCCUCGUGGACGGUUACAAUCUGCCAAUGAUGGUCGUAGCCAGCGGUGGAUCGGGGUCGUGCGCCGCCACCGGUUGCGGUGCGGAUCUCAACCGGCGAUGCCCGUCGGAAUUGAGGGUCGACGGCGGCGACGCCUGUCAGAGUGCUUGUGGCGCGUUUGAGAAACCAGAGUAUUGCUGCAAUGGCGCGUUCAGCAACCCUUCCACGUGCAAGCCCUCUGUGUACUCACAAAUUUUCAAGUCUGCGUGUCCUAAAUCCUAUAGCUAUGCCUAUGAUGAUGCCACUAGCACAUUUACGUGUUCAGGAGCUGAUUACACAAUCACAUUUUGUCCUUCUUCUUCCGCAAGUCUUAAGUCUUCAACGGAUUCGUCUCCAAAGGCAACGGAUUCAGCAUCAGGGUCUGGUUCAGAUUCAUCGGUUGAGCAAUCAGCACUAGCUUCAACUUCGUGGCUAGCUGAUAUGGCUACAGCUACAGGGUCAUCCACCAGAACCCGACCUUUCGUUUAUUCAAAGAGUUCUUUUUUGGUGGCUGUUACUUUCAUUCUUUUGGUGGCUUAGUUUCUGUGUCCCUUUCACAUUGACGUCUCAGCUAUAUCCUUAUCUUCCAUUCAGAGAAGCAGCAGAUACACUAUUGAUAACAUUAGUGAAGUGUUGAGGACUAUUGUGAUUGUUAAAUUAUAUGAAAAGGAUAAGCAUUUUAAUCAUUUGUCGCAUAUUUUUCUUAUGGUUAUGAUGAAUUCUUUAAUUCUGAGCCUUUGUAAUUGGAGAGUUUGGUGGAGUGGGGGA